GGCUUACAUACAUUGUCACGACGAAUCUUGCCACCCACCGGGGGACUCAUGUUGGCAGCUCCAAGCAAUCACGUAUGCAUGUCACACACAAUUAUUGAUACACGAUGGUCAUAAAUCUCAGCUAGCUAUAUUCCUAUGGUAUAUACGUUGUGGAUGUGGCUGCAGUUGUUUAUACAGUACUGUAUUAUACUGACAAUGACAGCUUGAAACACAAGUCAAGGAGAUACGUUUCCACUUCCUAUGUAGCUAGUCAUUAUAAAUGAUAUCCAAAACGUGCAUUUUUGUGUCAUUGUAAGCUUGACAUUGUACACGACAUUCAAAACAUUUGCAUUUUUGUGAGUCUCUACAUUUUGUGGCUAUAGAGAGUUUAUUUUAUUUUUUAUUUAACCUUUAUUUAACUAGGCAAGUCAGUUUAAGAACAAAUUCUUAUUUACAAUGAUGGCCUAUGAACAGUGGGUUAACUGCCUUGUUCAGGGGCAGAAUGACAGAUUUUUACCUUGUCAGCUUGGGGAUUCAAUCUAGCAAUCUUUCAGUUACUGGCCCAACGCUCUAACUACUAGGCUACCUGCCACCCGAUAGGAUGGACUCUCUGGGUAUGAGGGGCCCAUCCCUAAACCAGGACUCACUACACAGUGUGCUGAAUGCUGUUCCUCGUGGACUGACAGUGGGCCCCUUUCUAGCGAAUGAUGGCCAGUUGGGGCUCUGGUGUGUAGGACAUGCUCUGCAGAAAGGGAUGCUUCUGGGCGUGGAAGACACCUUUGACCAAAGUGAAGACUUUACAGAGAGCUUGAUGGAAGAAGUGUAUCAGACGAUAAUCAUGGGGAAUCUUUGGGACAGGUGCUAUUGGAUUAGAUUUGCCUGUAAUACAAGGAGGAAAGAUGAACAUAAUAUUACUGUUCAUGAGGUGAAUGGAAGGGCCUGCAAAGACAUCAACCAAGGACAGAGCUUCUGCUUUAGAGUUUCCUAGCUGAUCUUCUGGAACACGUAUGGAAGCCAAGGAGGGUCACUAACAACACCAGGCAAACCUCGCAAACAAGUUACACCUCGCAAGUCCAGAGAGGAUGGAUCCCCAGGUGUAAACUCCACAGAGCAAGAGCUCUAGCUUAUAGAGCCAGAGGAGCACACUGAAGAUUCAGAUUCAUGUCAACUUCUCCACUGGGGUUUACAGAGGGUUUGGGGUUUACAGAGUCUAUGGUGGUGGAGGAGGAGAAAAGCCAGACUGGAAUCAAAAGGAGCAAACCUCUUAUCUACAAAAUGAACAAGAGAUGUGUGAGAGACUCUCAUUCCAGUGGUGAGAAAACAAUGGAACAGAAUAGAGACGUUCACUCUUGCAAAAUAAUAAAAACAGAACGUUUCAUUCCAGAAAUAACCAAUGUGCCAUGCUCUGAGGACAAACUUGUGAGUCCUGCUGAUGAGCCUUCAAAGAGUAGUGAAGAACCAGAUAAUGUGGUAAGAAAAGCCCAGGAGGUGCAGGGGCCACAGGUUGUCAGGGCCAGUUGCAGACUGGCUGCUAAACCCAGGAAGGUGCAUUCAUUAGUCAGCUGCAUCCACAAGCGUCUUCAAGUGUGCAAAAAUGGGUAUCUGGAUCGUCAAGUGACAUUGGAAAUUACGUCCAGAGUUGGUGAUGAAAAUGGACGAGCUUGCAAAGAAACAGAUAUAAAAGAUAGAAAAUAUAAGCUCAGAUGAAAUCCCAAAGGAUCUUGACAAAGGGGGGAAGCAAGACACAGAGGAGCUUAUGAUGGCUCCAGACCUCUUUAACACCAGGGAAAGGAGGUAUACAUGUGACCAGUGUGACAAGAGUUUCUUUCAGCUAUAUCACCUGAAGAAGCACAAAUUCACCCACUUGGACCUAAAGCCUUACUUAUGCACAGAGUGUGGUAGGAAUUACAGCUCCCAAGAGAACUUCAGGGCCCACCUUCUGAUGCAUAAGGGAGAGAGGCCAUUCAAGUGCCAGCAGCGUGACAAGAGCUAUGGCCUGAAACGGGACCUGAAGGAGCAUGAAGUUCUCCAUACAGGAGAGAGGCCUUUUGUCUGCGAUAUAUGUGGGAAGGCUUUUGCCCGCUGGCCUUCAGUAUUCAUAGGGAGGCCCACCACGCUAAGGAAGAAAAUUACCACGCUCCUAAGCUCAAGUGCCCUGUCUGCGGUAACGAACUGGCCAAUUCAGGCUCCCUUAGGAAUCACAUGCGCUUGCACACAGGAGAACGGCCUUAUGCCUGUCUCCACUGCAAUAAGACAUUCUGACAGCGGGGGAACCUUUUGGGGCAUCUACACAUCCACACAGGGGAAAAGCCUUACAAGUGCAACCAUUGCAAUCAGUACUUCUCACAGGUGCCUGAACUCCGCAGACACCUCAUAUCACACACAGGGGAAGUCUACCUCUGCCCUAUAUGUGGCAAAGCCUUGUGGGACCCCCACACCUUGCGGGCCCACAAACGUUUACACACAGGGGAGAGACCUCACACAGUGUGAGCUGUGUGGGAAAGCCUACACCAUGGCCACCAAGCUACGCUGCCACAUGAAGUCCCACCUUGAGGAGAAGUCCUACAAAUGUCCGACAUGUGGUGCUGGCUACACACUAAUGCAGAGCCAGUUCUCCCAUCAAAAGAGAGAAGAUAGGACAUCUGGGGAGCUAGCUAAUGCCCCAGCAGCUCUGGAGUCUAGCCACUCUGCCUAUGCUAGAGGCAGACCUAGAAAGACCCCUCGCAAGACAGAGGUCAAGCCAUGGGUCGAUGUCCCUGAUGAGAACAUAGAGAGUCAGACAGUAGUGUAUGUUCAGGCCAUUGAAGACUUGUCUAAUUCAGGGGAGGUUAUUGUCAGCACCUGUGACUCAUAUCAUGAUAGUGACAUAUCUCCUGUGGUAAUAGAGGAAGGUUUGGAACAGGAUGUGGGCCAAUUCCAGCUAAAUGAGAAUAUCAUUGAGAUAAUUGUCUCAGACUAAUGAUAAGUGCAUUGUGGUAAGGGAGCACAAAACACACAACAACCUGGUGAUUCUACAUGGCGAGGAUGGACUGAGCUCUGUGGCAGAGACAAUAGAGAUCGAAACGGGAGUUUAAAACUGCAAUUCACACCAUUUUGCUUUCUGUUGCUGUUUAAUUAAAUCUUCAAAUAAAAUCAAGAAUGUGAAUAAAAACUAUUUUUGCAUUCUAGAUGUACUUUACCUAAAAGAAGACAAUAAGCAGUACUUACUUGGAAAAUACCUUUGUCAUGAAUAUCAAAUAUGUUAUGAUAUCACCAUCAGGAUACUCCAUUUAGAUUACUGGAGAAGGGAGACAGCUGUGAACGAGUUAAAGAUAUAAGCUAAUAUAACAUUUGUGGUGGACCUUAUCUAGCCACUACCUGCAGCAAAUGUUCUUUUCAAGGACUACUAAAACUACCUGCCCCUGUAUUUUAGGAAAUGUCUUCAUGGUUACAAAGAGAAAUCCUCAUGAAUAGUUUUCUUUUUUUAUCUGACCAAAAUAUAUUUGAUCUCUGGAGAUUGUUUAUGAAGGCUUUUUAAAUAGCUUUACUGUAUUUUUAACACACUGUUGUAAAUAUGGGCCCCAUCAACAAUAUUAUCGUUAUUGUUGAAGACUCCAAUUAAAAGAGAGAAAAUAGGUACCUCUGUGGUGGCUUUACAACAGUUAUAUGUGUUUUUGAACACAACUUUUGACUUUUCACCUCUUUCUCCGAUGCUUCACUCAAUAUUUGGGUGCAAAUUUUUCGAUGGUUGGGACAGUCCGAGACUGAAUCAGCAAACAUUCUGGUUUGGAGUGUGUGUUUGCUGUGCCUGUCUAUGCAGCUUAGCGGCACACACUAUCAUAGUCUAAAUUAGCAGAUAGGGGUGUUUUAAAAGGUUGAUUUAUUGUGUAUUUGUUUUUGACAUUGCCUUUAAGUCUUUAUCAUUUGGUAUUCUGCUUGUAAUUACUGAAUAUAAUUUCUUUAUACAUAUAUAUAUAUAUAUAUAUAUAUAUAAAGUAAUCCAUGAGUAGGCCCGGACAGAAAAUAAACAAUUGAGAAAGCAAUUCUUGACAUUGUGUGGAAAGCUUAUCCAUGG